AUGCCCUACCCCAAGGAUCACCCCCGUAUGCCCUACCCCAUCAUCCUGGUCCACUCGGCCACCCAGAAUCACCCCCCGGCCGCCCCAGUAGCCAGCCCAGUACUGGCAUUUAUAAUUCUUGGGCCAGAAGAACUUUUCCUGAGCAUCAUUAUAUUCUUCUGUCCAGUAGUCGUAGUCUCCAUAUUCAUCUUUAUUGGCGUAUGGAUUCGCUAG